CACAGUAAGGAUUACACGCUCAGCAACUGAGGAAAAAUAAUUCAUAAAAAAUGUAGAAAAGAGUGUCGUCUAGAAUUGUGGAGUUCAUACAUUUCAAAGUACGUAAAAAGACCGUGUUUGGAAACUAUAGGGGGAAAAAUGGCAGGAAGCACCUGAAACCUGUUGCCCUAGGACACUAAUGCAAGAGCCUUUGGCGUCAUUUGCUUGUCAGUCGUUCAGCCUUCCGCCGGAACAUCGGAUGAAUUCACCUGCCAUGUGGAAUUUAAAGCAGAGCAGAAAGGAAACCGACACUUAAAAUGUUACUUUGUUACACAUUUUCUGCGGGAAAUGAACUUAAGCCCUUUACACGGUUUGUUUGGUGAAUGAUUCACAAAUCAGUGCACGGAUGCGCGUGCUUUACCACGCCCGCGUUUACAAUGAUGGCCUGUUUGAAAUGCACGCGCAAAGUUGGAAUCAAGCGCGGGCAGUGUCUGGAGUGAAACUGCAGUGUGAUUUAUAACCUUGUGGACUAUGGACAUGCUGCUGGAGCAAUUAAGUAUGGGGAAACCUGCAGAUAAGCAUAAUUUCACCAUGGCGACCUCAGGGAUGCACCUGGUUGGGUUUUGGCUACAUGUUCUGCUGCUGUCUCAACUGUCAGAUCUCUGUGCUGCUGCCUCUAAGGAUAUAGUGUGUGAGCCCAUCACUGUACCAAUGUGCAAAGGCAUCGGAUACAAUCACACUUACAUGCCCAACCAGUUCAAUCAUGACACCCAGGAGGAAGUUGGAUUGGAGGUGCACCAGUUCUGGCCACUUGUCCGGAUUCGUUGCUCCCCAGACUUGCUUUUCUUCCUCUGCAGUAUGUACACCCCCAUCUGUCUUCAAGACUACAAAAAGCCCUUGCCGCCGUGCAGAUCUGUGUGUGAGAGAGCUAAGAGGGGUUGCUCCCCUCUUAUGAUCCAGUAUGGGUUCGAGUGGCCAGAGCGGAUGAGUUGCGAGCAGUUGCCGAUGCUGGGCGAUACAGAUCGGCUUUGUAUGGACCGAAACAGCAGUGAGACCACAACUCUGUCUCCUCCUUUCCCCAAACCCACCCCCAAGGGAACACCACGACAUAGAGCCACAGCGAAAUUUGCACUGCCGCAGAAGUGUGAUCGUGAGUGCCGUUGCCGAGACCCCCUGGUUGCCAUCGGAAAAGAAGCACACCCUCUAUAUAACCGUGUACAUACUGGCUCUUUGCCCAACUGUGCUUUGCCGUGCCACCAACCAUACUUUUCCCAGGAUGAGCGCACAUUCACAACUUUCUGGAUUGGCCUGUGGUCGGUGCUGUGCUUUGUCUCCACACUCACCACUGUGGCCACUUUUCUCAUUGACAUGGAGCGUUUCAAAUAUCCUGAGCGGCCCAUAAUCUUCCUGGCUGCUUGUUAUCUGUUUGUGUCUCUGGGUUACAUUGUACGACUGCUCGCAGGCCAUGAGCGGGUGGCUUGCGAGGGCUCUGGAGAUCAACAGCACAUCCUCUAUGACACCACGGGUCCAGCCCUUUGUACAUUGGUCUUCCUGCUCAUAUACUUCUUUGGAAUGGCCAGCUCCAUUUGGUGGGUGGUGCUCUCCUUCACCUGGUUCCUGGCUGCUGGGAUGAAAUGGGGAAACGAGGCCAUUGCAGGCUACUCCCAGUAUUUCCACCUUGCUGCCUGGCUCGUGCCUAGCGUCAAGUCCAUUGCUGUGCUGGCUUUAAGCUCGGUGGAUGGCGACCCUGUGGCUGGCAUCUGUUACAUCGGAAACCAGAGUCUAGAGAGCCUGCGUGGCUUUGUGUUGGCCCCACUGGUUGUUUACCUCUUCACCGGGUCCCUCUUCCUGCUCGCUGGCUUCGUUUCACUCUUCCGAAUCCGUAGCGUCAUUAAGCAGGGAGGAACUAAGACUGACAAGCUGGAGAAGCUAAUGAUCCGGAUUGGGCUUUUUACCGUCCUUUACACAGUACCCGCAACUAUUGUGGUGGCGUGCCUGGUGUAUGAGCAACAUUACAGAUCAGGUUGGGAGAGGGCACUGGCCUGUUCUUGCCUGUCCGAGCGACAGCGCCUGGGCAUGGGCCCGGACUAUGCUGUCUUUAUGUUAAAGUAUUUCAUGUGUCUGGUUGUAGGCAUUACAUCAGGUGUAUGGAUCUGGUCAGGGAAGACUCUAGAAUCAUGGAGGCGCUUUGUGGCACGUUUUGUCCCCUGUAGAACCCGAAAGCCACCCGUAUCGUACAGUGAGGCCAGUACUGCUUUAACAGCCCAAGCUGGAACAGCACCCACUGGGACCUACCACAAAUCAGCACCCUCAUCACAUGUCUAAACAUUGGCAAGAUAGCCCAAUCUUUUAUAAACCCUGCAACCUUCAAACGAGUGACGAAUGCAGUGCGCAGGUCAUGACUCUGAGUGAGCAGGUGUCUAUUCAGCCUUCUACCAACAGCUCUACAUGUUCCACAUUAAGUGGUAAUGGAAGGCACAGUUGAACUAUGAAGGGUUUUUACAGACUCUUGUUUAUUUCAUUAGUCAACCUCUUCUCAUUCACGGAUCUAAUUUGUAAAACAAUGAAAAUGUUGAUACUUUGUGGAAACAAAGUGCAUGUGAGGUUAAAUAUGAUUAAUGUACCUAUUACAGUAGUCACAAGCAUCUUAAAUGUUGUUAUCUGUGGCUUUUAGUUCAUGAAUGGUGUAAAAGUGGCUUGAUAUGGACCACAACAUUUCUCAGAUGAAAUGCUACACUUUUCUAUUCAGGACUUUGUGGAGAUAUUUAAUUUAUUUGUGUAUUCUUGUAAGUAUGCAUUUCAAGAAUAUUGUGAUAUUGCAGGCAACAGUCGCUCUGUUGUGUUUGUGACUUAAUCAGCAUAUUUACAGGAUGUGGGUAGGAUGUUGUUUUGUAGGAUUUUAACACCAAUCUCAGUCAUCUAAUUUUACAAAUGUAUUUUCAAGGUAAAACAUGGAGAGAUGCGUGCAUGUGUUCUUUGUCAGUAAGAAUAACACUUUUUAUUAUUAUUCUGCACGAGUACAAUCUGUAAAAAAAAAAAGAGGAAAAUGCUUAUUUUAAUUUAGUGUUUGUGGGAUAUGUCUAACAGGUAUAGAAGUUCAAAUUCAUGACUUUAAUCAUUGUUGCAAGCAGUUCUUAACAGUUUCACACUCACUGACUGCUCUUGAGGGUCCCUAACUGUCCCUUAGAAGAUCUUGUAUUUCCAAAGAUUAUCAGAGCUAUUUUUACACUGAUAAUAUAUUGUUGGUUAGCAUCUAUUAGGCAGUGUUAAAUUGUAGAAUGUAAAUGUAAGAUCAGUUGGGCAGUUAGGUGAGUAUUUGAUUAUUUAUUCUGAGCAUGACCUCUCUUGUGGUUAGUGGUUCAAUUGUCUAAUUAAGUUUAAUUGUUACCCCAGCAGCCAUCCUAAAUUUACCUAACAGCGCUCUCAUUUUUCUUUUAAAGGAAAGACCAAAUAUUACGUUUUAAAAAACUGAAGAGCAUGUCUCUCUAAAUAUUUUUUUUAUUAUUAUUAUUUCCUUGUUGAUCAUCAUGAUCCAGACUUUUUAUUUUGCAUGUAAUUUCAAUUUUGAAUUUUGAAUCCUCGGUGUUGGAUAUGCAUGUUUAGCUGACAGAAUCUGUCACAGAAGCAGUGUUGGUUUUGUAGAUCUCUGUAAAUGACUUUUUUUUUUUUCUCCCCCAAGAUUGCUUCAACUGAGCAUUAAGGUGCAAAUAAGUAUUUUUGCCACUUUUUACUUUACAAACUGGUGUAGAAAUAACUUCCUCUUUUUAAUUAUGCUUUUCAAAAAAGUGAAUUUUAAGCUGAACAAUUAGCCUGACUACUCUGCAUUACUUACAAUUUUGUUGUGAGUCUGGGUGUGUACAUAGUCAUUUGUAAAUCUUGUAAAAGAUGUGUCCUUUUUUAAAUAGCCCAGACUGCAACUUUGUACAUAUUUUGUUUAGUAAAAAAUAUCAUAUUCAGUGCUACAAUUUCAAAGAGAUUCUUAGAUAUUUAUGAAAAGUGUCUUUAACAUGUUUUUGUUUCUCUUACUGGUAGAGAAUAAGAGUGAGAAGCAAUCUGUGAAGCUGCAAAUAAAAUGUUUGGUCAAUCA